AUGCUUCUUCCUCUUUCUGCCUUGGCCAGCGUGCUACUGGGCACAGCAUCGGCAUUCGAAUACUACACUUUCGACGGACCAGGCUCGCCAUCAUGCCACAACGUCGUCGAAGUUCACAACGCAACAAGCGUCGAUGAGAUGGUGUCCCUUGUCAAAGACGCUUCAAGCCGUGGCCUACAAGUCCGUGCCGGCGGCAGAGGCCACAUGUGGUACGACACGCAGUGCUCAGACGACGAGACGGUCAUCAUCCGCACCGAGUUUGUCAACGGCAUCUCCGACUUUGAUCUCGAGGGUGGAUCUGUGGUGGUCGAGGGCGGCGUCACUUUCUUCCAGUUGGCCGAGUAUCUUCAUGAGCGAGGCGCCAAUAUCGGUACUGGUCUGGUCAACUGGAACAUUACCCUCGGAGGCAGCAUUGCCAUGGGAGCGCAUCGCACUUCGUUAAGAGAGGAUGCGGUGGUGGUUGGUGGUGUGCUUGCGCUGGAUAUCAUUGAUGGGAAUGGGGAUGUUCAGCAUAUUGAGCGGGAUGAAAGUAAUGACGAUUGGCUUGCUGCGUCAACUUCGUUGGGUCUCUUGGGGAUUAUUGCGAGGAUAAAGAUGCAAAUCUUUCCAGAGACCAAAGUAUACGCCAUGCAAACGACUCUCGAUGAAAAGGACGUUCUUAACGGUGACAUUUACAAACUCAUCUCGCCAUAUCUAACAGCCAACUUCUGGUGGUGGCCAUCCCAGCGCAAAUUCCACUGGCGCACAUACGACAUUGUUCCCACAAACACCAGCACCCAACAAGGCUUCCAAUCCACAUUCUCCGUCACGGCUCUCGAAGCCGCCGCCGCCGUCGUCCUCCUCAACAGCGGCAAGAUCAGCCCCUUCCCCAACCUCGCCGCCGAGGGCAUCUUCUUCGGGCUCUGGGAGAAGCCAAACUUCCACGACAAGGUCACCGACGAGGCCAUCACCGAAUGGCCCGUCUACGGCUGGAACUACGACGUCCUCAUUGGUGGAUUAUACCCGGGGCAGAAGCCCGAGUGGGAGGCGAACGAGGUGUUGAAGCGGAUUCGCGCGCUUUUUGAUGCUGAGGAGGCCAAGUGGAUGCCUAUGGCUUCGACGUAUCGGAGUGGUAUUAACAUCAAGUUUGGCAAGGCGCAUUUUGAUUUCCUUGGGCAGGUUACUACUGGUACGGCUGAUAAGCAGGACUGGAGCAAGGGUGCGAUUAUGUUUGAUUUCCCUUCGUUCCGUCCCAGUCUUGGAGAUCAGAAGCGAUACAACGAAGCCUUCUAUAUUAACUUGGCCAACACGCUGGUCGAUGAAUUUCCAUGCCGUCCUCACUGGACAAAGAACACCCGCGAUGUUUUCCAGCGUGCUGUCAAGAAUUUGGAUCCCAGCUACCUUGCUCGAUUCAAGGCCGUACGACAAAAGUUUGAUCCAAAGGGCAUUUACCGCAGCGCGGUGGGAGAAAUCAUCGGCAUGUAUGACUGA